GGGGAGAUGGAUUGAUUGAAUCGGCGAGAGUCGAGAAGUUCUUUGAAGAACGAGAGAGUGCAAGGCGCUGGAGCAGAGCGCAGAUCCCCCUCGCGAGGGGUGGGGGGGAAGGCGGGCAGCGACGGAGGUUGAAUGGCCGGCAGCGGAGGUCGUCGGUGGAGGCGACGCGCGGGCGGGGACGCGGAGGCGGCAGUAGCAGCAGCAGCAGACGCAGGGCAGGACGAGAAUCAGGAAUGGGUUGUGGGAGGUGCAGCAGAGACAGAGGUAGUGGAAAAGGAGCGGAUUUCGAAGCUCAUGUUUCGGUUACGGACGGCGGGUUUAGUAGGAGGCGGGAGCGCCGGGAGCAAGCGGGUGACUGGAGGUGGCGCUGCAGGGCAGAUGCGUGCUCUCAAGCGCGGGGCUAGGCGAUUGGGCCGUCAGCUCAGACGACACUCCGUCAGGUCGCUCUGCUGUGUAUCCGGGAGCGCUCGCGGAAUUGGGUACCACAAGCUCUCCAGGUCGUCCUCGGUCGAUUCCGAGCGAUUGUUAGGAGGAAUUAUUCCCAACCCAAUCGCCCCGCUCGCCGAAUGGCCCAGUUGGGGUUCGCUCGGCCGAUUAGCGAGCCUCGGACCCCUUGGAAGUUUUAGAUGCGUCGAAGAAGCUGAAGACACAGUCGUCGUCAAAGUUGGCAUGGUUGGCGAUUGCCAGACCGGCAAAACGAGUUUUAUGGUGAAUUACGUGGCAUCCCAGAAGAAUGAGGACUAUGUACAGACCAUCGGAGUAACGUCGAUGGAAAAGAUCUUCAAAGUCCAGAAUGCCAACAUUGCCCUCAGUAUAUGGGAUCUCGGAGGUCAUCGCCAGUUCUCGAGCAUGAUGCCCCUAGUCUGCAAAGACUCAGAUGCCAUACUACUCAUGUUCGAUUUGACGCGCAGAUCGACGCUUCAUAGUGUGAAGCAGUGGUUCGUACAAGUGCGACAUUGCAACAAGAGUGCCAUUGUUAUAUUGGUGGGUACCAAGUACGACCACUUUGUGAAUCUGCCGGAAGAUACGCAAAGGAUCAUAACGAGACAGGCGAGGUUGUACGCACAGGCCAUGGAUGCUUCAUUAUUCUUUUCAAGUGUUACCCACAACAUUAAUGUACAUAAAAUUUUCAAAGUCAUCGUCGCCAAAUUGUUCGAUCUUCCGUGCAAUAUUUCCAAGAACCUUACCUUCGGAGAACCUAUCAUAGACUACUGAGACUCAAUAAUGCCUCACUACAAAUUCUGUACAGUAGGUUCUAAAAUCUUUUUUGUCGUGAGAAACACGCCAUCGCUCGUGUCUACGAAUUGCAUCUCUACAUCUACUUGUGGCCUUUUUAAGAGCUGAAGGAAGGACAUGCUAUUCGUUCUUUUUGCCUAGCGUGUUUCGUGCACAUUGUGCUGGUGAUUUAUGACGUGUAUCAGCAAACGUCUGGUUGGCAGAGACCGGAAAGCCAUUACAUGAGAUGCGUAGCGGAGACAUAGGAUCACAUGGGCCGUCAGAGCGUGCAUUGGCAGUGGCAAUUAUAUAGGACUGGAUGGUGCAGCAUUCAUGUCCACCAGCCAUCCCAAAUUUUUUUCAAUAAUGGUAGAUGGAAUCAAAGGUGCACGAAGCGAGUCGUCUAGUUACCAGAGGGGUCCUCUCGAUCAUCUGUGCUUUGUUAAUCUAUUAGCAAAGAGAAUGGGCAAUUCAGUAAACAAGUCCUCUCUUUCAGCCUCUCAGUAUUACCUCCUCACCACUGUCUCAUCUCUCUUUCCUGCCCGAGCUGGGUCAAUUCUCGUUAUCCUCAUCCAUUUGUCGGUCCUGUCAAGUUUGUCUUUCAAGCAGCGGCCUCCGUAGUGGCAUUGGACAGUGCUUCCAUGCUGUCAGUGCCAGGCACGCCCCUCACGACUUCACCUCCUCUUCUCGAGGUGUGUCGAUCACACACCGCUGUUCAACCUGCGCGCGUCAACCCUCGC